ACUCCUCCCCUCCCUCUGCAGAGUUUGAAGCUCUGCUCUUCUGCGGCCAGCAGCAGCUCGCCUUGACAGCCAAAACUGGCGCAGAGUCUCAGCUCAAACCUGAACCUUUAUUCUUUUUCUGUCCUGUAACGAAUUCAUACUCAUACUUUUCACACAUCCUCUUCCGGAGACAAGCGCUGGAGCGGCCUCGUCCAGAAUGGGGAACCGAGACGAUGAAUACGAUUUCUUGUUCAAAGUUGUGUUAAUCGGGGACUCAGGCGUAGGGAAGAGCAACCUGCUCUCUCGAUUCACACGGAAUGAGUUCAACCUAGAGAGCAAGAGCACCAUCGGGGUGGAGUUCGCCACGCGCAGCAUCCAGGUGGACGGCAAGACGAUAAAGGCUCAGAUCUGGGAUACAGCCGGACAGGAGCGCUACAGAGCCAUCACCUCAGCAUACUACAGAGGAGCGGUGGGGGCGCUCUUAGUGUAUGACAUAGCCAAACACUUGACUUAUGAGAAUGUGGAGCGCUGGCUGAAGGAGCUGAGGGACCACGCCGACAACAACAUCGUCAUCAUGCUGGUGGGAAACAAGAGCGACCUGCGCCACCUCAGGGCCGUGCCCACAGACGAGGCCCGGGCCUUCGCAGAGAAGAACAGUCUGUCAUUCAUAGAAACUUCAGCCUUGGACUCAACAAACGUUGAAGAAGCCUUUAAGAAUAUCCUCACAGAAAUCUACCGCAUCGUCUCGCAGAAACAGAUCGCUGAGCGGUCUGCACACGACGAGUCCCCGGGAAACAACGUGGUGGACAUCAGCGUGCCCCCCACCACAGACGGCCAGAGGGGGAGCAAACUGCAGUGCUGUCAGAACCUGUAACCCUCAGCAACCAUCCCUCCUCCACCUGGGUCGAUUAUUAAUUGAAAUCCAGUGUUGCUAUGCUUCCGUCUGCCUGGGGUGCAGAAUUUUGUUUGAACCUGCACUUUUUGGAGAAGUGGGGUCAAUACUGUUGUCGAUCAAUUCCACAAAGUUUGAAUAGAUUUCAAAUGAUAAUCUGACCCAGGUACAACAGUGCAAAAACAGGACUGAUGGCACUGCAGUUACCCAUGAAAGAGUAGCAGAGUAGCUUUGUAAGCAUAGACAUGUCCAUAGUAGACAGUUAUUGCCACGUGUUGGAGGCCUGGCUUUGUAUUCUGCCUUUUCUCGUAGUACCAGCCGUCCUGUUUUUGGGCUCUCCUCCUCCUCCUUCAGUCAUCAUCUCAAAAGUGGUUGUGACGCUGCUGAUGCUUAAUUCAUUUUGUGUAAAAAAAAAUAUUCUUUUUUUUGUUGUUUUGAUUUUGAUAGCUCGUCUGCUCACAUACAUUAUAUUAAUGCCAUGAAAUUAAAUUUUACAGUAUUA